AAAUAUUUAGGUGUAAUCCAUACACAAAAUAAAUAUUAAAAUCAUAUAUUUCUAUAUUUAUGUUAGAAUAAUAUGUAUUAUGGCAACUCAGUCUUUCUUUCACUUCAACUGCAAAAGUAGUGUCCGGAAUGGCUGACGCAGCCCCAUCGACUGCGCCUAAGGCGAAGGCGCCUAAAAGCAAGGCUCCCAAAGAGAAGGCCGAGAAAGCGGCCGCAGCAGCUCCCGCAGAACCCGCGAAGGCGAUCCGCAAAGUAUCGUCGAAGCCCCGCCACGGCCGACUGUACGCCAAGGCUGUGUUCACAGGCUACAGACGGGGUCUCCGCAACCAACACGAGAACACCGCUCUGUUGAAGAUCGAAGGUGCUCGCAAUCGCGAUGACGCAGAGUUCUACGCUGGCAAGAAGUGCGUGUACGUGUACCGCGCCAAGAAGAGGACGGCCAUCCCCGGUGGACCGCGAGGCAAGAAGACGAAGCUGCGCGCCAUCUGGGGCAAGGUGACUCGCUCCCACGGCAACGGCGGCUCCGUGCGAGCACGCUUCAAGUCCAACCUCCCCGCACAGGCCAUGGGACACAGGAUACGAGUGAUGUUGUAUCCCUCACGGAUUUAAAACCUUCGUAUUUUAAGACUAAAUAAAACAAAAUCCCAAAAAAGUUUUGUUUCAUGUUAUCGCUUCCCAAAACAUCUUACAAACAGAUAAAUUCUGGAGAUUUUAAACUCGGAUAGUUUUCUAAAGUAUU